UGGCUGUGUUGUACGUGGGGACCAGCCACUUUCCCAGGUGCCAUGUCAGUAAGGAGAAACCCUAAGAAGGGCUGAACCCUGAGAAGAUGUGCGACGUUACAGAGCCUUUCAACUCCUCUCAGGCUGAUGAAGUAGUAGAAGGUGAGGAGGCUUUGAUGCAUCUGACAAGGCGCUGCAAGAGGCUGGCAGUGAACACGUGUACCCAUGCCAUUGUCUUCUGCAAACUUCUCCGUGACCUCAGGUAAAAUGGACCAUGUCGCUUCAGAGCCUGGACAUGCUGCCAUCAUUUGGGACCUCACAGGGCAAGCACAGCAUGCAUGCUCUGGCCGAGCCAGAGCUGCGCAGGACCACAGCUCUUAUUGCCUCUCACAAUUUUAUUGUGAAACGUCAUUGCAAACCUUGUCAAGGUGGAAGCUGAUCCUUUGCCGCCGUGCCAUCAUGAGACCGCAGCACCAGCGCCCUGGGCAGGAGCCUACCAGUGAGUGGGGGGCAAAGGGGAUGGUCCCAGACCUGCUGCGAGAUCCUGCUGCUGUGCAGGCAAUGUGCCCCUGCAGUUCCCUAGAACUUUCCCCUGGUUUGACCUGGCAGCUGCAGAGCUGAGAAAGUCUCCCUAUAGCCAGCUGCCAGAUAAGAGUGAGCUUGUCUGGUGCCAUCUUGCUCUGCUAUACCAGGCAUCCCUUGGAGAUUGAUCUACAAAGCAAUGUGGGCUGAUCACAGCACCAAGACAUUUCUUACUGCAGCUGUAGUGGAGCCUGGUGUGAUGGCAGAUGACAAGUCUCCAUUCUCCACAGUUGCUUCUGACAUUUUCUCAGGAAUUCCAGAGGAAACUGCUAUGAUUCUAAAUCCUCGUAAACUAUAAAAAAGCCCAUGGCAGAAUGCUUUGCUGAGAUCCCAGCCACCUCAUGGGACUGAGGGGUGCAAGAACCAGCACUAUUUGCUCUUGGAUUCUUUAAAAUAUUCCAGCCAAUAACCCUACGUACACAUUUGCUUCUAUGAGUUUCACUCUCUAGGCUGCUCUGCAAACUUGCUUCUCCUUGGCUGCCUGAGUUGUGCUUUAUUUUGGUCUGAAUUUGUGUAUUACAUAGUCAUCUUGGCCUAUGAACUGCUUCAAUUUCACUAGGUUUUUGUUGCAGUUUCAAUAGAAAACUAAAUUAUGAAACCAAAUUACAGUUAUUUGGGCGUGGCUACAGCUUUGACAUAAAUAAAUAAACAGGAUUGGGGCCAGUCCUUUUUUUUUUUUUUUUUUAAUUUUUCCAUGGGGUGUCUCAAGGAAGCUGUUGAUGCCAGACAAAAUAGUAAUGAUUUAGUCAGGAGCACUCUUUCUGUUGAGCCAGGCUUUAAUCAGCACUUGUUGAUACUUCCUUGCUGGUGAUAAUGCAACCCACCACCACCACAGACUACACAAUACUUCUUUCAAGGAAAAAGGAGGUAACUGGAUAUUCUGUCCAAACCCACCCAGAACAAAGCAUUUUUUAUUCCCUAAAUUCUCUAGUUCAUCUUACAGUAUUCACUUAUACUUCCUGCUGUCAUCUAUCAUGUGUUUCAGUACUGUUUGCUGUGAUAAACCACUACCUGGUUUUGCUUCACAGGAAAUUGUUUCUGUGGUGAAGCCAGAGAUUAGUUCUGUUGUUGUAACUAGGCCCCUCACUUAAUUAGGAUUGCCAACAGCUGCUGGCACCACACCUGUAUAUCACUUAUUGUACCUGCCAUUUAUCUUGCAUCUGGGCCUUACAGUGACCCCAGUCUGCAGACAUGAAAGCCUGGGAGAAACCUGUUCACUUGAGCUGCAAGGAAGUUAUCAAUCACUGGUAAUUAAAAUAUGCCUAUGAUUGUUUUUUGGUCUUUUUAAUCAACUGUGAAGCAGAAUUGAAAGACAGACAGUGGUACAGACUGAUUUAUAGCUUCUGCAUCACUUAGUUCCUGGAAGCAACCAAAGGAUUGCAGAAAAGAGCCAAUGUGGGGACGCAUUUGCUGUCACCAAAUGGCUGAGAGCUGCAAUGGCCUUUUCUAUAAUUGAGACCAGGUGGAACUGUACCUCCUUGGACAAACUGCAAGAAAAUGAAGACUCGGCCCAGAAGACAGAGCUUGCAGAUGAGCUGGUUGAUUCUUUGGAGUCCAGUACUUCACAGAGCGGGUUGCAGACUGGGUUGCUCGUGAGUGCGGGUGCAAUAAAAGAUUUGAAAGAGGCCGGCACUCUGGAGGACCGGGAAGUGGCUGAACUAGAAGAGACACUGCCUGACCAAAUCCAGUCCCUCAAAGAGGAAGCUGUUGUUCGGAUAACCAACUACCAUGUACCUCAAGGAGCAGGGGAUAUAGUCAUGAUUCAGUCAGAUCACACUGGUGCUGUGGAUAUCCUUUCAGCUGAGCUGGAGACUGCAGACCUCCUUGGCGAGCAGAGGAAAGCUCAGCCUCCCCCUCUGGCUCCACCUACCAUGUGGACCACUGAGAAGACAAAGGAAUUCAAAGCCAAGAUGGGAAAGGAGAAGAAUGGCCGGAUGGUGGUGAAGCGAGGCGAGGUGGUGACAGUCCGUGUACCAACCCAUCCUGAUGGGAAAUGCAUUUGCUGGGAAUUUGCUACAGAUGACUACGACAUUGGGUUUGGGGUCUAUUUUGACUGGACCACGGUUACUAGCACUGCCAUUACUGUUCAGGUCAGCGAAUCCAGUGAUGAGGAGGAUGAAGAGGAGGAGGAGGACAUUGAAGGACUUGCCCCUGUUGGUGACGUGGAAAGGGGCUCCAAAAGCUAUCUGCGGAACCGCUACGGAGAGAUCAUGCCUGUGUAUCGGAGGAACAGCCAUCGGGAGGUGCAGGCAGGCAGCCACGAGUACCCAGGCGAGGGCAUCUACCUGCUGAAAUUUGAUAACUCGUACUCUCUCCUCCGCAAUAAGACUCUGUUCUUUCAUGUCUAUUACACUAGCUGAAGAAACAGGAAGGGGCAGGGACGGCAGGCAGGUAAUGGUGAGCAUCACAGGCUGCCACCCAGCCCUGGUACUGCCUCAUGGGCACUGCUGUGUGACAGAACCAAGGCACAACUCUGCCGGCUCUGCUUCAGACACUAACUGGUUUCUCCCCACACCCUCCUUCCCCGCUGUGCCAGUGGAGAAAGGUAGUUGUGACUGCCUGGUUGUCCACAGGCAGCUGCUCUUUCUGUAAAACUUCAGGAGGUCUGCUCUGUGCAGGCAUCUGGCUGGGCCUUCAGGUCGCAGCCAGUAAAUGCCCAGAGGCCAGGUUCAAGUGGUCAUGGUUUUGAUCUGUUGCGCUGGUACAAAAUGAAGUGAAAAUAUUCUUGAUCUGUCACUAUUUUGUGAAUAACUUUUCCGACUCUCCUGCUGCAUCUGCGUCACUAGAGGGCAGCUGUCAGCUGCAGUGAGCCAAAAGCACAGCUGGUUUGUCACCUAGCCACCGAUAAUCUCAUCACCUACCACCGCCACAUGUCACCAGCAGCCAGUGCUUCCCUGACUCGUGUGGGUGGGGGUGCUGCUGGCCAGCAGCGGCCCUGCUAUGGCACACGGGCCCCAAAUGGCAGUCACGGCCCGUGCUUGAACAGGGGGUGAUGGGAGGGCGCAUGCUUAGAAGUCCAUAAGAAGGUUUUCCUACAGAUUAAGAAAUUGGAUGUUAUACCUGUUGACUGUAGGGAUAUGUAGACUAUUAAAACUUCAGGGACCACCGAAAGGUUUUUUUUCUGUAAUCCACAUGUGCAUCAGAAGAAAUUACUGCUGUGCUGAAUAAACACAAAAAGGUUGGAGUACAACCAACAAAUGUCCAGGAAAUGUUUCUUAGUACCAGCAUGUUGGUUCACUUGUAUUUGAUGCCAGCUGAAUAAUAUAUGUAGCAAGGAAAAGGCUCCCCAGAGAAGUGUAGCUUGUCAGCUGCUAUCGCUGCUGUAAAGUUAUUGUUAGAAAAGAAAUCUCUGCUCAGAAACUCAAAAGGUGUGAGAUUGGUUAAAUCUUUUCUGUGAACCAGAAUCAGCAAGGCCAUUGCUACCCCUGACCACAGGGUAACGGAUGGAGUUCCUUGGCAUAUUCUGUGGCUAGCGAUGGCAUUAGUGAUCACCUUCUACUCAAGUACUGGCAGAGUUGAACAAGGAUUAAGUUAAUCCUUCAGAGAUCAAUUUUAAAUCAUGUUUAUCUGUAACUGUUGUUUAUUUUAAUACUUUUAACUUCAAAUCAUUCUCUUUUCUAAGAAUACUGCUGUAUUUACAUUUUGAUACCUCUUUGCAGAGACACAAAAUGGUGGUUUGCAUGGUGAUUCUAGUAGAGUUCUGAGUUUUAUUUUUAAAUCCUCCAGGUAAAGCACCUCUGCUUGGUCUGUUCCUUCUAUUGUGAGGGAACCAUGGACAAAAUUAUUUUGGGGUAGUUAAAGCCAAAGAUUUCAUUCUUACAGAAGGGUUGCAUAUUUCCUCUUAAGGCUACAUUGUAAUGCUGUGCAAUUUGCUCCAUACUCAAGCUCUUCUUUUAACUCUCUCUUGCUUACUUAUUCACUGCCCCAGAGCACUUAAUAGGUCAAAACAGUAAAAGAGCGAGCAGUCAGUCUACAGCAGAGCAGCCCAAGCUAGGAGCAGGAGUGGAAAUGCAAGGAACGCUGGUUGGAGUGCAGUGGCU